UACAACGUAUGUACUUUUUGAGUUAUUUUAGGAUUAAAAUCCUCCAAACCGCGAAUAACGCCUUAAGGUAGGUAAUGACUUAAGGUGAAUAUAGAACGAAGCCACACCUUGAAUUUUCAAAAGCACAAAUCUGAAGAACCAAAUAUCGCAAAGCGUUGAAAAGUUGAUCGAUUGAUCAGCCGCUGGUGGUGACCAAUCGAUCAACUUUUCAGUGCAAUCCGUCAUUUGGUUCUUUAGAUUUGUGCUUUCAAAAAUUCAAGGUGUGCCUUCGUUCUAUAUUCACCUUAACGAAUAUAUAGCCGACUUCUAAUAAAUCGUAUAUUUCAUUGAUAAAAAGCAUUUUCAUAAAAGUUUCGUUUAUUAAAUCAAACUCUAGGAUAUCAUAUUGAAGUAAUACAGUGAUUUCGAACCUCAUAUUCUACAUAUAUAGUAUUCACGCCAAGCAUGAAAGUUUGUCAAUGUAUCUCAUUGCGUUACAAAACACAGUUAUGGAAAAAACGAUUGAUUUUAAUGUUUAUGAAAUUCAAUUUUCAUUAAUUGCAUGUCAUUUAAUAGCUGAAUGAUAGCAGAUUACGAUAUACCAUUCGAUAGCAGAAACUGAUUUAAUGUAAAAUGCUUAUUUGAACAUUUCAUGAGGUCAGUCAAGCCGAUCAAUGUUACUCUGUUUUACGGUACGUCAGUUUGUCUGUACUAAGGGUGUGCGUUCCCACCCGAUUGGAAAGUGUGUUUCACCGGAUCGUUUGAAUCGACGAAUUGCAGUAAGCUGAUAUAAUGUAUCGUGAUUGGAAGCCUCCUCUUGCUAAUUGCAAACUUGCCUUUGAAAACGGCAUAUAUUAACGUGUGUUUUGACCUUGUAAAGCGAAAAUGGUAACCAUUAUUAAAGCCAUUCUGUAGCUUGUAGGUAAAAAUGUAUCAGCUCUUUAUUACGUUUUGUUUCCCAGCCCAGUUCAUUGCACAGUUUGCGCUCGUUAAUGCGUGUGCUAAAAACAAAAACAUUUCUCUUACGAGUUACGGCGGUGCGAGGAUGCAUAAAAGAACAUGGUUUGUGCUGGACUCGAGUUUAGUUGCCUCAUAUCAACAUCCAGAUGGUAGUGCACCAGAAUGGGCUUCAACAUUGUCACGUGGUUAGUGCUGUUUGAGUUGAUCUCGCUUAUCGUCGGACAUCCGGCGUUGGAUGAAACGCUGCGAAAGCAUUUUUACGGUGCAAGUAGUGAAGAAAAAGUGGUACAAAAUAAAAGUGAAGAAGAUGAUGGUAGAGCAAAGCGUCUAGUGGAAGAGGGGGCUGUUGUUAAUGGAUUAGAUCCAGAAAUAAUGAAACGUUACUAUGCGGAUGACAAGAAAAAAUGUGGCUGUAAAGAGAAGAAAAUAGAAGAUGUUACUACUACGGCGAAACCAAAGAAGAAGAAACGGAAAACUGAAUGUCAUUCAACAACUACAGAAGAGCCCAUCACUACCAGUUGUCAGUGUAAGACGACUAUACCAAUCACAACUAGUUGCCAGUGCAGAACGACUACGAGAAAGCCUAGAACUAGUACCCCAACUACUAGACGUUCAACAACUACAAAAAAAACAACCACAACCAGUAGUCCAACUUCAACUUCAACCACCAGAAAGCCAUGUACAACCACUUUAAGCCCAUCAACUACAACUUCAACUACUAGUCUUACUACGACUACAACUGUAACACCAAGUACGUCAACAUCUUCUGCACCCAUUACUACAACUAUAUCUCCAGUUUCGACUACAACUAUUGCUUCAUGCACAACAACUACUUCUACGCCAAUUUCUACGACAACUACAUCCUUAACUACUACUACUGCUGCACCAACAACAACUUCCACACCCAUAUCGACUACAACAACUGCACCGGCUACUAGUACAACUACUGCUGUUACACCAACAUCGACCACAAUCACAUUAACCACUACAACUGUACCAACAACGACAACGGCUAUUACUAGUACUACUGCGUUACCAACAACUACUACUACAACAGCUGCACCUACGACGACUAUCGUUACCUGUGUCACGACUCCCACUACUGCUGCACCUACAACAACAACAAGCACAUCAGCACCCACAUCAACGACCUCAACAACAACCACUCACAAGCCUUUAAUCCAUCGACCUAAACGGCCCCACUAUCAUCCUAUCUUCAAUCCAGCCAAACCGGAUCAUCCGCGGUUCCCGUUCCAUCCAUUGCUUCCCAACCACCUUAACAACGAUUCAGCUGCCAGUUCGGAGGACAGCAGCGACCAUUCAUUACCGGGCCCGCACCGGCACCGUCACCCGUCUAUCUACCUCCGGCCGGAUUGCACCGACGAGGAAACAUGCGCCCAGCAUCGGGAUGCCAUCCGGCGUAUCCUACGUAGACUGAACCGGCUGGGACCGUCCGAUCGAAGGUCGGACUCCGAGUUAGAUCACGGUCCGCUGAAGAUGGAUACGGUGGGGCUGAGGAUUCCCCGGCAUCGCACAGUGGGAGUGGCUCCGGUUGUGAUGAGUUAUGAUCGGGCACGGGACGUCCGAGAGGAUGGCGAUGGGGAGGCCUGUCGGAGACCCGAGGAAGAUAGGCAGUACUUGCGGACAUUGAGACGGGCUAUGCGGGAAGUGAAGCGAAGUUUGAGGAUGCGGCGAAACGAGUUGCCGCAGUGUAGGGACCGGUGACUGUUGACGGAAAGAACUGUAGUGAUGUAAGGAAUGCAAUAAAUGUGCCUGCAUGUAAAUAGCUGCCAAAUAGAAUGUGAUGUUUGUAGUAAGCAUUUGGGUUGUUUUUGUUUCGGACGUGAUGUGAUAGAAGUUUUUGGGAUUGAAUAGCUCUGUUUUACUUGGAAAUGGACUGGCGUAUGGAAUGUGUUGAGAUGAGGUAACUGCUACAAAAGAAUUUUUGGCUGUGUGAGAAUACUUCUGCGGUGUACCAUGAUAAUUUCGAUGUUAUGUGUGAAAUCAUGUUAUGUUUGGAUAUCAAAGUCGUCUUAAGUGGAUAUUCGGUGUGUCUGCUAACAAAUGACCACAUCUUUCGCGAAGCAAUCUAGUUAAGUUUCAUGGAGAAAUCGCAUCCUGUCUUUCGGGAACUCUUUGCGGCAUAACACCUUCAAGUGCAAUAUUGAGACACGUUUAGCACAUUUUAUCGUAAAUUUCGCAAGAAUUUGAUUUAGUUGCGUCAGUGUUUCAUUUCGAGUUUCUGUAUCCUGUUACAAUGGAGAUGUUACGGUCAUUAGUUCAUACCUAGCACUAGAUCAUAAUUAGACACAACUUAUUGUUCAUGAAGUUACGCCAAAGUUUCUUGAUGUAAGUACUUCUAUACGACUGCUCACGGAGUUCCUGUAGUUUUUUUUUCUGGACUACAUACAAUUUUUGCUUUCCUCUUGGUGCUUCCGAAUCCUUCAAAGUUUUCUCUUAAUGUUCCUUUAAGGAUUUCUGCUUGAAGUAAGAGUUUUUGCUUGAAUUACUUAAGAGAUUGUUGCUAUAGAUUUCUUAUAUGGGUUACAUAGGGGUUUCCCUCGAAGCUCAAAUAGGGAUUUCAUUCUACUAAUGGAUUUUUCAUAGAGUUCUUCCAGGAAUGUCUUCAAGAGUUCCUCCAGGAGUUUCUUGUUUCAAUUUCGGCAGGAACAUCUUCCUCAAUCAUGGUUGAAUUAUUCCAGGAACUUAUUCUAGAGUAUUUCGUCAGCAAUUCGUCUUAGAUUGGCUUCAGAGGAUUUCACUCUCACUAUUUUGAAGAUUUAUAGAAAGAUGGUCUAAAGUUCCGACAGGGAGCCACCAAACCCAACAUAGACCCAACAAUUAUCCAGCGUGGGUCGAUCAGUGGUCCAACAUUUGAAAAAAAAAAAAAAAAUUGACCCAACUUUAACCCGACAUCCGAAAAAUUUUCACUCUGGCGAAAUUUUUCCGGGUUUUUCGUGUUUUGUGCCUAGUUAGUUAUUAGAGUGACAAUUCAUUCAAAUGACAAGGAAUCGCUUCUCAUUUGAAGAGUGUGUGUGCUCUAGUCAGGCUUGAUAGAAACUCCCUCGCGAGAAAAUGAGGAAGCGAUUUUGGCGAUUUUCUGAGGAGUGAAAAUAAAACUCAGAAAUCACAACGCAAAAACUCAACAGCACCGAGCGCGAGCUUGCCGCGCAGCGAGGAGUUCGUCCAACACUCAUAAUUGCUUGUUGUGUUUCUCACGUCCACUCACACUCAAAAAGCUCUCGCGAGUUCCACUCCCAUACAAAGAAAGACUCUCGAGGCGAAAAUCGCACUCAAAAACCCGAAAUAAUCAUUGGCUCUUUUUUCGUUCCCCUCUUCCUCGCUCAGUUUUUAUUGGCUCUCUGUUUGGGGUUCGUUCGCUCCCUCGCGACGAGGCAAAAGCAAAACACCACUCUAGAGCAUGUUGCAAAACUCUUUUGAUUUCGAGGAGGAUUAUCAAGCCUGGCUCUAGUUGACUGAAAUCGCUUGAAAAAAGACUAGCAAAAAUAACUGAAAAGAUUUUAUUAGAAGAGAAAAUGACUGAAGAAAAGAGCGCAUUUGAAAGCCCCUGAAACACUCCUGGAAACCCAUGGGACACACUCAACCCCCUAGAACACCGCUGGAACGACCCUGCAAUCCCUUGAAAAUUCGUUGUCGCUCCUGAACCGUCCUGGAACGCCCUUAAAUACUCCUGGGACGCCCUUAACACUCUGAAUCCCUCUGGAACUCCUUUGGAACGCUCUUAAAACACAUUGAAAACCCUGGAACCUUCCUGAAGCCCUCUGGAACACUCCUGGCAACAUCCCUGGAACGCCUUUGAAACCCCAUGAAAUGCAUGGUUGCAUACUAGACUGGUUCAACAAAGUCGAUUUUUCGGAACAAAGCUUUUUCGAUUCCUUUUAGCGUCCAAAACAACUGAGCAAAAUUCGGGAGCGAUUGGUUGCUUCCCCGUAUUCCGCAUUGCGAUUAAAAUUUGUAUGGAAUUUAGUAUGGGAAAACGUGCUUUUUUGCAUUUUUCUCAUAAAUUGUUUUUUUUGUCCAAAACGAUCUAACUAAUGGCGUUGAAGUAUAGCCUAGGAUAUGCCGAAAAACUUUGCCGAAGACCGCAAAGUUAUCCAACACUUUUAGUAAGUGCAAACGCUUUAACUGCAAUGCUUUCCGAUUUUCAAGGGGUUCAAGGGAGAAAAUGAGGUUUAUCGUCACUGAACUCACCUGAACCCACCCUUAGAACUUCACUGAAAUCUCAGCGAAUGCUCUUGACACAUUCCAGAAACACCCCUGAAAGCCUCGUAACUGAAAUUCAUCUGAAUCCUUCCUACGGAACCUUCUGAAACCCCCUUAAUCUUUUCUAAAGUCCCCUUGAAACUUCUUUGGAACAUUCCUGAAACCCAAUAAGUCCCAUAAAAACCUCUAUAUCUCCUCUCCGAAACACCUCUGAGACCCCUUAAACUAUGCUGAAACCAAGAGGGCCGAUACAUCCCGAAUUUAAUCAUUUUCUUACGGGGUGACUCUGCAGCCAUAGAUAAUCAUUGCGCUGAUUGUGGGAACACAAUCAUCUACGACACAUCUGGAUCCAUCUCUCCAAUCUGAUGGCUCUUCGAUCGUCAGGUGGACAAGAUGGCUUGAAAAUCUAGAAAAAAAAAAUGUUUUGCCAACUGAUAAUCCGAUGCGCAGCUUGAUGAAAUCUGGUUGUUUCGCACGCUCGUGUGGCUCAUCUUUAACUCCUUAAAACUCUCUCAAACCCUUCCUAAACUUUUUCUGCUCCUUUUCAUGAAAUCCCUAGAUUGUCUAUGUUGCCCCUUCAUAUGACCUCUAAGACUUCCUUUUGUCCCCCUCUCUCUUCAAUCUUUCUAAGACCCCCUUCACCUCUUCGUUGUGCUGAGAUCCUUCUGUAGAUGCUAUCGACUGUUGAUUAUUGGACUUGGAGGUUUCUUUCGGCGUUGCAGUCUUCGGUGAAUUUCGAAGAACGAUUUCUCUGUUACUGUUGUGUACACCUUUGUAGUUUUUCCUGUCUAAUUUUAAUAUGUACAAUGUCCAACUUCAAAUAGAACCCUUCAAAAAGAUGGCAUAGAUCAUCGAAACGUCGGGCAUUGAGAAAAUAUGUCGUUUUGAUUACACACCGAAGACUGCAAGGCCGAAAGAAACCUCCAAGUCCUUUAUCUGGCCGGGGCCCGUGGCGUAGUUGGUCACACGUUCGCUUCAUAUGCGGAUGGUCAUGGGUUUGAUUCCCAGCCCCGGCACUUGCAAUUUUUCGUCAGUUGCUCUUUACCGAGAGCGGCUGAUACUGACCCUCUUCUGAGCCCCAUGGCUCAAACGGACCCGGAUACAUGGACAUCGGCAAACUGCUACUCAUAAUGGACCCCCAAUCGGACUGGAAAGGAACAACGGCCACCUAUCAUCCUUGUGCUCACCAUUCUACCAUGUAGAGUAGAAAAGUGAAAGCAGCAGAAAGGCAACCAGUUCGAUAAAGCAUAAUAGAAUACAUGUAGGCACUGUACAAUACUGUAGGUACAGCUGUCAAUUGAAAUCGCUCACGUAGUGCCCUAGUGGACAAUAGAGCUGUAAAUUAGGUUAAGCGAUUAAGAAUAAAAAAAAAAAAGUCCUUUAUCUGCUGCCUCAUAUAAUCCCUUCCUCUGCCUCCUCUGUAAUCCCUUAAUAGAUCCUACCUUAUCAGGUAUCAGAAGGCCGGCUCCAGAGGCACGUUAUCCUCCAUUUUGGACAUUUGUGCCAUCGCACAAACAAAAGCCUAUUUAAUUACACUAAUUUACAGCAUUUUUGAACUCGGUAAGCUGAUGAUCAUUUUUGAUGUAGAAUCAUGCCCUGAGUUCGAAAACGUGAAAGAAAAAAAUUACAGUAGAGCGGAAAUUUUUUCGACUUUCCAUACAAGGCCGAUGAUUUGAAAUCGAUUUUUGUUCUAUUUUUAAGCAACGUGGCUCACUUCACACAUCUCAUUCUUCGUAAUGAAUGCUCCGAUUGAGCUGAUUUUUUUACUGUAACUCGCAUACAUAUAAUAUGCCAAAUAAACGUUGAGAAAGAAUUUUUAGAUUGUUUUUUUCUUAUUGAAAAAAAUACAUUUCUUCAAAAUUUUUUGGAAAUUUGGCUAAAAUUUAAGGAGAUCGUCCCUAAAACUCGCCAAUAUCUUGAAUUUCAUCAAUCUGACGCGAAACCUGCAUUCAGAUGAUCGGAUGGUAUUGUAUUCAGCUUUCAAUUUAUGAAAAAAGAUUUGAAAUUGGUUGAACAAAACGUAAUAUAUCUGAAUUUUAGUAAAAUCUAUAUUUUUAAAAGUUGUAAAACUCGAUAUUGAGCUUAAACUCAAAAACUGCUCUACUUAAAAUUUUUUGAAGCACGUUUUCGAAAUCAGUGCUAAAUUGUACUUCAAAAAUUUUGGUCGUUGUCAGAAGUUCACGACUUUCGUUUUAUUUUGUAAACUAGUGUUAUCUACCUGAGGGAAAAGGAAGGAAGUAAGGAUAAGGAUGGGGAUAAGAACAGGUUGGGAAAUAGGAAAAAAAAUACCCUGGAAGAGGGUACUAACGCAUAAGCGUACCACAAUGGGUUCAAACAGCGCCCAGAAAAGGGCACUGUAAUAACGCAUAAAGCGAAAGAGAGCCUAUAGCUCUUUAUCACAACGGGUUAAGAACAACAGAAUAUCCUGAAGAUUCAGGUUUCUGAAGUCAGUUUCACUUAAUAAGUGUUAACCGAAUAAUCGGAAACGCAGUUGCGCAAAAACUGGACAGUUACAUAUCAAAUGAAAGUUCCAUAAUCGGAUUCACAGCUUUCACAUACAAAUGAAUCAACUUGCUGAAUAUUUGUCAUGUGAAAGCUGAGUCCGCAGUGGCCAGUCAAUGCGUUGACCAGAAUGCUGCAAUUCUGCUUUGACAGAUUUGUAAGAUACUUCGCCACCCUUGGGGAUGGCUCAUUAUAAUACAAUUUGGUUUGACGACAUGACUCCAAACUAAUCCAGUAUUGUCUGUGUUGAGUAGCAGCCCAGGUGUGAAUCUGAAGCUUUACCCAAUCGAUAUCGGAAUAGCUGGCUCAGGGCCAAUGAAGUCAUGUGAUACUAACUCAUCAGCCAUUUCAUUUCCAGCGAUUGAAGAAUGGCCAGGUACCCAUACAAGGUCAUCAGCGUUUGCUGAAUUUAGCUCCUCGAUUUGAGUUUGACAAGCGAUAACUAUCUUCAAACUAGAGUUGGACGAAGCAAGUGCUUUAAUAGCAGCCUGGCUAUCUGAACAGAAGUAUAUUACUUUGCCCAUUACGUGCUGCUGAAGUGCUGACAGUGUAGUAUCUACCAAGUGAGUAAGACUGAUACAGCCUUAGCUCACGUGAAGUAACAUCAGCACUGCUCGACCUUGGAGAAGGGAGCCAUCAUUGUAACAUACGGUGCCGUCUGGAAUACUUCUUUACAGGUAUCCAGAUGUCCACUCUUCCCGGGAAGGGAAUUUUGUGGAAAAUGUCCUAUAUGGGAAAUUACAAGCAAUUAUAAGAUCACUUGGAGCAAGGACAGUUUUGUCCCAAUUCACCAAAAGUGGUAACAACGAGGUGUGUGUUGAUGUGCAGAUCACAGGAGUUUUGUCUAGUAGACCGAGUACCCGUAGACGGUAAGUGCAAGAAAGUGCUUCUUGUUUGAGAUAAAUGUGUGGUGGGGCAACGUCAUAGAGAACUUCGAGCACAUCCUUUGGAGAUGUCCUAACUUUGAUUGGAUCAUUCUCAUUUAGCCCUUUUGUCACCACACAAGACAUCCAUAGGCCAAUAUUGGCCGAACAACAGUUGUGUAAAUCCAUUCGAUAUACUUGGGUUUUAAACCCCAAAUUGUACCAAAGGUUCGCCGGCAUUGCCCGAAGGCCAUACAAGCUUUCUUGAUUUUGAACUCAAUGUGAGGUGUCCAAGAGAGCUUGGAAUCAAGAAUGACUCCAUCAUACUUUACCUGUUCAGUCACAUCGAUUUCAGAAUCAAAGAGACGCAAAGGUCGAUCGCCAUUACGGUUUCGCCUUUCCGUAAAAAGAACAAUAGAUAAUUUACUCGUAUUAACCGAAAGGCCAUAUUGGCGACGUCAACCCUCAACUACCUGAAGGGCGCUUUGCAUCAGGUCGAAAAGGGAGGCGAUACACAUACCAACUAACAAUGCUAGGUAGUCGUCGGCAAAACCAUAAGUAGGAAAACCGCUAUUAUUGAGUUGCCUGCUUCGAGAUUCCACAAAAGUGGUGACAAGACUCCCUCUUGGGGGCAUCCGCAAACACUCAAUAACCUAUCCCUGCUAGAUGUCAAUGUCGAGAAGCGAUAUCGGUUUUCAAACUUUUGUUGAAUCCGAUUGGAAAUCAUUGGAGAUAUACCAUGACUCCGUGCGGCUUCCAAUAUAGCAUCGAAAGGCACGUUGUCAAAGGCACCCUCGAUAUCUAAGAAAACACCCAAACAAGAUUGCUUUUGAGCGAAUGCUUUCUCGAUAUCGUAAACAACCUUGUGUAAAAGAGUCACAGUGGACUAACCAGAUUGGUAGGCAUGUUGGUUCACAUGACGAGGCACGUUGGCCAGAUGAACAUCAUGGAUGUAGUGACCCACAAUGCGUUCUAAGCAUUUCAGAAGAAAAGAGGUUAAACUGAAAGGUCUGAAACUCUUUGCUUCUUAAUACGACGCACGACCCACUUUAGGAAUAAACUCCACAGUAAUAUCUCGCCUAGAAUAUGUAUUUUUUUCAAAAAAAGUUUGAAAUAAUCAAAUUUCUUCUGAAACAAAAUAGGGUAAAUCCCAUCUGCCCCAGGAGAUUCGAAAGGAUCAAAGUGCCCACUCAAUCGAUUCUACAGUUACAAUACUCAGAGCCGAAGCCAGGGAAUCAUAACUAAGAAAAAACAUCAGGUCCAUCCGAAGAUGUAAUAUCCACACAUCCAGGGAAGUGUGUGCUGAAUAAGCAUUCCAGAACUUCCUCAUCAGAGGAAGUCAGAUCGCCAUUUGGCAUACGAAGUUCGUUCACUCGGAAAUCCUUAGAUUUCGCAAGUAUUUUGUUUAACUGUCUGACUUCACUCAAACUGGAUACAUUUGUAAAAAAGGUUUUCCAAGCCAGAUCGUUCAACAGACCGGAGAGCUUUCCUGAAGGCCUUGCGAGCCGACCUGAAAGCCUCCAUACCAGUCGAACGUCGUCUGUUCCAACUCUUUCUGCAUUGUUUCCUGAGUUUCGCCAGAUCAGAGUUCCACCAAGGGGUUCCUCUUGUGAUCUUCACAGACCGUAGAGGGCAUGCUUCUUCAAACGCUUCCAUGAUGAAGGUCGUUGUAGUAUCGACGGCAUCAUCUAAAUCACUUGGAGUGUCAAUGGAUGGUGAGUAUCUAUGAAGUUUGGCUGCAACCAAAUCGGUCAAGAGAUCCCAGUUGGUUGACCGGGCAUUCCUGAAACGCAAAGUUUGCGAAGUAACAUUCAUAUGUUCAAAAAAGAUGUAGCGAUAGUCAGAUAAAGAUUCUUCGUCUGACACAUGAAAAUUGUUCAGCUCGUGACUAAUUCUAUUAUUGGGGGUUUCUUUCGGCGUUGUAGUCUUCGGUGAACGACCAAGAACGAUUUUUCUGUAAGUCUAGUGUUCACCUUUGUAGUUUUUCCUGUCUUAUUUUAAUAUGUACAAUGUCCAGUUUCAAAUAGAACCCUUGAAAAAGAUGGCAUAGAUCAUCGAAACGUCGGGCUUAGAGAAAAUAUGUCGUUUUGAUUGCACACCGAAGACUGCAAGGCCGAAAGAAACCCCCAAGUCCUUUAUCAGCUGCCUCAUAUAAUCUCUUCCUCUGCCUCCUCUCUAAUCCCUUAUUAGAUCGUACCUUAACUCCACCCUCUCUUCAACUAUCUUGAUAACUAUUUUUGAUGUAUCCUAACGCCUUACCCUGGAAACCUACACGUAUUCACGAGUUCGAAAAAGUAAAUAAAUAUGUAUCAAAUCAACUCGGUGUCUUGCGAGCACUUACUUAGCAUAGAUCGAAGAAAUAGUGCGCUGGAGACACGAACUCGAUUUGAUGCGAUCGCUCAUGGCAGUCCAGUGGUGAACUAAAUGCGCACUAUCUAGUACAACUUCUGAAGGAGUCUUUGGGGGGUCGCAUUAAGGAAAUCUCGGAGAUUUAUUGGAAAAAUCCUAGCAAAAUAACUUGCAAGGCUCCAAAAGAAAUCACUGUGCAAUCAUUGAAAAUAUUUAGGUGGGAGUAGUGGGAGAAAAGUCUGGUAAAAACAUGUAAAAAUUGUUAGAUGAAUUCCUUCAAUAUCCCUGUGUUGUAUUACUUCAUUAGACACCUAGUGAAUAUGCAAACAUAAAAGAAUUAAUGAUCAGCCAAAAUCAAUCAGUCACAGGUUACGAUGUCAUCAUGCUACUGAAAAAAAAAAACGCGACAAGCAAUCAAAUUCCUCUUUCAACACUUCUCUACAAUAAGCCAAUUCACAACCUAUCAACGAUCAUCGAUCUCUUGUCGCUUCCAAUCGAUCGGGACGGUCGGCGGCGUGUGUCCAGUCCAUUCAUUCGUCGUCGGGUCAGGCAACAAUUGGAAACGACGAAGAUCGCAUCAUGGAUCGAUUUGCCCCGGAGGCAUCAUCUGGAAGCACACGCUCGCACUCGACGAUCUUUCUCCGACGACACCGUCCGUCCGUCCGUGCGACUCGCGUGCGCCCACUGAUGUUGAACUUGAAUGCGGCAUUGUUAUCCGCGAGCAGCGCCGCACACAAAAGGCAAACAACACGUUCCGAUUUCUGAGGGUCGUUGUCGUCGUCGUCGAGUCGUAAAACAGCGAAAGUGACGUCGAAGACGGUGGAUCGCGUGUCCGCCCGCGGAUCGCAGACCGAAAACAUGCGAGCGGAAUCGAACAAGGGAGUACACAAGGCGCAAAGUUUAGCAAGAAGCAGUGCUUUUCACGCCACGCCGAGCGCGAUCGUCCACAGUUGCUUCCAGAUCGCGAUGAAAGGUGAUACAACAGAGAUUGAAUUUGUGAUUUGGUUGUGUCUAAUGGCUGGGUUGCAUCGUGGCAGUAAAACGUUUGGAACGAGGUGGCCAUAUUUUCCAAUUUCUGAAACUGUGACUAUGAACCAUAAUAAAAAAAGAAUUCAUACGAAACAUAGUUUUCAUUGGCAAUGGAUCACAAAAUUAUUAAAACGACCGCUAUGAAAUAAACAGACAGCGCCACCGUAGCCUUGUGUGUUUGACAUAACUCCACUGCUGUCGCAAUGUAUGUAUCAACUAAAGUGGCCGCUCCAGAACACCUAGAACAGGUUCCGCGGAGGCCUCUCAAACACACUAACAUACGAAAUACCACUCCCUGACCCCAGUAAUAAUUCCUGAUAUCACAUGGCCACUUGAGUAUAAUAAACUUGCACCAAUUUAUGAUCGAUUGAGGGCGACUUUUAAAAAAAUCGGAUGAAAAUUGACGAAAUGCCAGCAUUUUGAAAAUGAGUUGUCGGGGGUCGGAUACGUGAAAGUUAAAGUCCGUGUGCACUAUUUUGCACUUUGCACUGUCAAUACUGCUCCGAUUCUCAAUAAAAUUUUACAGUGCUAAACUAUUAUAAUAAAAUGUUUGCAGACAAAUGCUGAGCCAUUUUGGCUGAACACUUUGGAAGUUAGAAAGCUUUGAAUGUCACAAUACAGUUAAAUAUGUUUGUGUAUUGCGAUUUAUGGUCACAUUUACGACAACUUUUUAAAAGCCAAAAUCAAACAGAACUUUCAAACAAUAUUC